UAAGAAUAAAAGGAAAGGAAAGGGGAGGAGGAAGAAAGGGCAGGGGCAAGCAGGCGGCAGGAUGCCGGGGCUGGGCUUUGUGUGGUCCCCGUGCACACCCAGCGGGGACAGGCGGCUCUUUGUCACCCCAGGACACCGCAGCAACCCCAGGCCCCACAGGCCUUGGCCUCCUUCCUCCCAAAACCUGGCAAGGGCAUCACCCUGGGCUGGCCGGGCGGGGGAACGGCCGCAGUCCCCAUGUCCAGGCUCGAUUUCUGGAUCUGCGUGUCCCAGGGGCAGCAGUUUCAGCCACCUCUCUGCUCCCCGACCGCUCAGCAAACUCAAGACAGCAAGCGAUGUUCAACGCCCAGCCGGGGAGCACCAAACCUCUCCCGUUUCUCCCCCAACUCCUUCCCGCACACCCACGCAGGAGCUCGCCUGUGCAGAUCGGAGGGAUUUGAGGCCCCGGUGGCGAGGCAUGGCCCGGCAGGGCAGGGUGGCCGGGUCAGACCUGCGGCACUGCCAGGGCCAUGGCCACGCCGAGCACCAUGGCCACGCUCAGGCUGCGCUGACCACCACACCGGCACGAAGGCACCCGGGAGGUUUCCAUGCAGCACCCCAAGCGCAGCCGAGCAUCCCAAAGAGGGAUGCGGCCCCACGGGGACCACGGGACACCCAGGGGGUUCUGAGGGGAUGCUCAGGGAACAGGACACGGAGGGAUGCAGGGGAUCAAAGAGAUACUUGAGAGCAGCAUGGAGGGAUGCAGAGGAUGCUCGCAGGCAGCAUGAGGGAUGCAGGGGAUGCCAUGGAUGCUCAGGGCAGGACAGGGACGCUGGGGCAGAUCUUACAGGGUUUUCUCCAUCACCAGAAGCUCAGCUGUCACCCCCCGAGCGGUACCCACGUCCACCAGCCGCAAACCCAAAGAGCGAGAUCCUUUUUUAAA